ACUGGUAAAAAUUGAUGGUAACAUGAUAAUCCGGUAUUCCUAAUGAACAUAAGGUUAAAAGAUUAAAAAUAAAGCAAAGUUGUUAUUUUACAGUUGUUAGUAAUAAUAACAGCACAUAAACAACUCGGUCCAAGUCAACAUCAUUAUUACAUCUUUUUUUAUCCCAAUUUUUCUUUAUCAAUCUUCCUCAUCCUCAUCGUCUUCGCCCUCUUCAUUCAUCUCUACAUUCCUACUAUUAGCUUAAUUUUUGUUGAGAUGAUCAGCAUCCUCAUCAACAGGUUGACCACCAUCUCGAUCAUCCCAUUGACCCUUUUUAAAUCAAAUUAUUUCUCCUCAUUUCUCCUUCUUUCUCUCUUUCUCAUCAUCUUCAUCUUCAUUUUAAUCAUAAAUAUUAUCUCAACCAAUAAACAAAUGUGUCUUCCAAUAUUUGUAUCAAUCUAAAACAAAACAGACAUUGAAACCUCUCAUUUCAAUUCAAACAAACACUCAUAUUUCAUUUGAAUUUUGUUCAUCCUCAUAACAAAAUUUCCUAUCAUUAUUCAAUAAAUUCAAGUUAUUGAGAUUAUUUAAACGUCUAAUUGAUCAAUGUGAGCAAAAUUAAUUCUUAAUCAAUAAUAUUUUGAACAUUAUUUUUGUAUUUGUUACGUGAUUAAAAUAUAUUCAACAUUUCAAUUGGUGAAUUGUGUUUAAAGUAAUCGUUUCAAUGUGUGAUUUACAAGUGUGAUCUCAAUUUUAAAUCAAUAAACUGUAUUAGUAUAUACAAUAACAUUGAUUAACAAUCAUCACAAUUUGAAACACUAUUUGCAUCAAAAAUUUACAUCUUGACACAACAAGAUCAAAGAGUGAAAUCAAUCAAAUGAAGACGAUUUGGGUAAUUCAUUUGUUGAUCACAUUGUCGUUGGAUUUCGGUGUAAUUGGUGUAACAGGUAACCAAGAUGUCCCUUCAGGUCCAACAGCUAGUAAAAAUACUCCAGAGAGGUCAUCCUGGUUUGACAAUACGACUCCUAAUUCACUAAAACCCAAGCUUUUCCAGUUACCAUACGAGAAAAUAACCAAUCCAUUGUCCUCAUUUAUCUCCUGGAUAACACGCAAUGACCGCAAUGUACGCAUUUAUGAUAAACUCUAUUUAAGUGGUAAAUCAACAGGUCAAAGGUAUCCCGGAGUUAUAAAUAAAUUAACAUCAGCAAGUAAAGCAAAAGCAGCCACAGUAACUAGUUCAAAGUCAUUAUCUUCACCAAUGACGUCUUCAAGCAACAUUAAACCAUUGGCAGUUUCACCUUCAACCGAUUUGUCAUCGUCUGGUUCAUCUUCACCAUUGGCAGCCAUUAUUCCCUCCAUAAGAUCUUUUCCAGUUAACCAAAGACGUCAAGAUAUUUCGUCUUCAUUUUCAUUUACUCGUCCCUCUUUAUCUUCUGCUUUCUCUUCCAGUUUACCAAUUAAUUCAGGACAUAGGUCAAACAUAUUUGGCUCCAAAGACCUUCCUUCAUCACCGCAAUUUAGUAUCUCCUUUCCACGAUCAACACCAGCAAAUAAACGUCAACUUUCACAGUUAACAUUGGGUAUGAUUGCUAAAUAUAAUCCUAAACCAAAGGUUUUUUUUAUCCCUAAAUAUUACCCUUCACCUUAUCAAGUUGCUGUUCCCUUUAUAACUCAUGAUAAAUUCCUAAUACCACCUAAUCAAUCAUUUCAUGGUGGGAAUAGAGGUGAUGAUGAGGAAGAAAAUGAAGAUCAUGGAGAUCGUGACUAUGAUAGGGAUGAACACCGAAUCAAUGAAUCAAUUGAGAACAAUAGUAUGAUGACAAAUGAAAACCCUGAUUCUAUCGAUGAUGGUGAUUAUUAUCGAUCAAAUAAACGCGGAAAUCGUCGUCGACAAAAUAUACGCACUCAAAAAGCCAAGUCCAACCAGAAUUACCGUCAUCUAUCUAAACCCGGAUACUCUACAAACCAUUUGGUAUCAUCUGUUUCAUCUUACAAUUCACCCAUUGUAAACAAAUUAUCAACAGAUAAACCCUUUCCACCAUCAAAAAGACCCAGGCAAAGAAAUAAAUCAUCUUCUUCAUCAUGGAGAGUAUUGAAUAACAAUUCUGGUAUCCAUAGACCAGCACCUUACACUGGUAAAGCCCAAUAUUCAACCAUUGACAACAGUGCUGAUCCAAUGAGCCCUUCAGCUUCACAAGCUUUUCCCUUUUGGGUUAGACAAUGAUACUUUGACACCAAAUUAUCUUUCAAAUAACACCUCCAUUUCGUUAUAAUUAUAUCCAGUUGAUUAUUGACUACAGCAAUUGAUUGACUAAACACAUGAAAUCAACUAAUUGAUAGCUUUCACGAUUUUGAUCGACCAAUAAACCACCAAAUAAGACAUAAUCAAUGCAAUCUUUUAACCCAACGUUUACAUCUUUAAACAUUUCUGUUUUUUUAUCAACCUUUCAUUUAUACACAAUAAUAUUUACCCAACAAUUGUACAGCAAUUAAAAAUUUUUAUCAAACAAA